AUGCUGCUUGUUCAAUUAAAUAACCACACAAUUGAAGAAACAAACAUUUUAAAUUUGUCACAAGUGAUUCAUAAUAUAACGACUGAAGCGACAACUACGAAUAAAAAUGUAACAAUUGAAAAUGAAGAUCAAAUUGUGAAUAAAUCGAAUCAAAUAGUGACAAACACAGAUAAAAAUAUAACAAUUAAAAAUGCAGAUCAAGUUGUGGAUAACUCAGAUCAAAUUAUAAUACCAGUAACAACCAUAAAUAAGGAUCAAAAUAUAACAAAUGAAAAUGAAGAUCAAGUUGUGGAUAACUCAGAGCAAAUUGUUAUACCAGUAGUUUAUUCAAUUCAAAAUCAUCAUGUUUGGCGUAAACCUCAACCGUUUGAAUCAAGACAAAUUAUUAACACAACAGUACCGCCAAAUUCAAAUUUGUUAUAUAAAAUUCGACCGGAUCAAAAUUCAGCACCUACAUUACAAUAUUUUGGUACAAAAGAGUAUUACGCUGAUUUAUUAAAAAAUGCCACUGAUCAAAAUAGUAAUUCAUCGGAGGUUGUUAAUCGUAAGGAAGAUUUACAAGAUGUUGAGUAUUCGGAUGAAGUUAGUGAGGACGAAAUUAGUGAUGUAGUUAUUAAAAAUGAUGAUAGUUUGAUACCUUCUGUAAGAGAUGAUGAUGUUGGAAUGAAAAAACAACAAUAUGCGAAGGAUGAAAAUAUAACAAAUGAAAAAGCAACUUCAGGUGAUGAAGAAGAUGAUGAACAGGAAGAAAUUGAUCAAGAGGAGCAGGAAGAAGUUGAAAGAAAUAAAUCUGAUAGUGUUGAAGAUGAUGAAGAUGAGGAAGAAGUAUUAUCUUCAUCACAACAAGAAGAUAUACUCGAAGAUGACUUAACAAAUAAUAUAACGCUAAUUAAUGGAAGUUAUCCUCGUGAUCAUAGUGAUACUGAAGAUGAUGUUGAAAUUGAAGAUGAUCAUGAUGGAGAUAUCGUUGAUGAAGAACAUCAUCGUCCAAAAAAGUAUAAUCUACACACUGCUGCAAGUGAUACCGAAGAUGAUGUGAUUGACGAUGAAAAUCAUAGACCAAAAAAUACUAAUAAAUAUAAAAAAUAUCAUGGUGCUCCAAGUUAUACUUCUGAUGAAAUUAUUGACAACAAAGAUCAUCAUCCAAAAAAUACAAUUAAAUAUCAAAAAUAUCACCAACCAGCUAGGGCUGAUGAUGAUGUUGUUGAAGAUGAAGAUUAUCAUUCAAAAAAUGCAGAUAAAUAUCAAAAAUAUCGUCAACAUGUAGAAGCUAGUGAUGAUGUAGACCGUCAUCCGAAAAAUACAAACAAAUUUCAAAAAAAACCUUUGAAUCUCCGUCAUGGUGUUGUUAAUCGAGAGAGUGAGGAGUAUGAUAUUAACGAAGAACCUUACCAUCAUCGUCAAAUAAUACCAAGUGAAUCUGAACAACAACAGAAAUCAACGCAAAGUAUACCAAAGAAACGUCGAAAACCUAAAUAUCGAAUUAUUAAAAUUUAUGACGAUGAAGACGAUAAUGAUUAUGAUGAAAUCAUUUCUAAGAGAAAUGAUAGCGGGCUCCAUGAUGAAUUACAUUUUCAUCCUCAUAUCCUUGAAGAUGACGUUGUAAAUGCACCUAUUAAAACUGAUGAAAGUAAGGACAAUUAUAAGAAUUUAGAAUCACCUAGUGACUUUCAAGAAAGUACUGAAGAAAUUUCACAAAUUAAUCCAAAAUUUAGAAAAUUAUCAUUAUUGAAUUUAAAAAAUUCAAGAAGCCUGGAUGAUGAUGAAGACGAAGAAGAAUUUCCACGAAAACAACAAAACUCAAGGGCGUAUCAAAGACCUUCAACACAAGAUAUUUCUUUACAUGAAGAAGCUGAGAGUCGUGGUCAUCUGACUACAAUUAAAUUACCCCAAGGCAUUAAAUAUGAUCGAGCUACAACAAUAAAACCAGUGGCGCUCGUAAGUGAAGAUAAUAAUGCACAAGAUACUAAGAAACACGAAGAAAAAAAAGCACACAAGAAACCAGUGAAUACAAAAUAUAAAAAAGGUGGGGGUAAAGAACAUGAUGCUGAACAUUAUUCCAAGCAUGGUGAAAAAGGUGAUAAAAGUUAUAAAGGUUCACAUAAACAUGAGAAAGGUCAAAAAGGACAUCAUGAUAAGGAAGUGCAUAAGGGCAGUUAUGAUGAUAAAGGUGGAAGUGAAAAAAAACAUCAUCAUGAAGAUGGCCAUUUUUCUGGUCACAAGAAAGGUGAAAAAGGUGAAAAGGGGGCAAAGGUAAAUAUAUAA